UUUUUUCACAAGAAGCUUCCUUGAGCCAUGAACAUUGAAUUGAAGUAAAAAAGUUGCUACCCCAACCUUUGAGAGUAAAAUCUCAUCACUUUGAACAAAUCUCUCUCUCUCUCUCUCUCUACACAAAAUCGUUUUUAUGUAAGAGAAUCUACAAUUGGGGAUUUUCCACUCUGAAUUCUGAAAAGGGGUUGAUGCCAUUCGUUAAUGGAGGAUUCUGUCUAUGAUCAAAAAGUCUGAAUGUUUCCCGUCAAAAAUAAAAGGCUGAACGUUGAAUCUCCACACUCUCAAUAUGCUCUAUCUCAGUCGUUUAGCUCGAAGUGAUAGAUUUACCUGCUAUUUUUCAAUUAAUGAUGAUCAACUCCAAGUAGAAUUCCGGGAAAUUGUCAAGGUCGAGAGCCUGUAACCAUCUCUGAGUUUCUGCUAAUGGUUCCCGACAUCAAGCAGUUUAAUCUCUAGGAAAUCUUAGCGCUACAACAUUUAGAACCCUAGUCGUUCAUGGGGAAGGAAAAGACCGUCUCUCAAAGCUGACUUCCACUUAGUUUUCAAAACAAAGAAGAGAAUAAGUAUUCCUCGCUGUUUAACAUGCUCUGGAUCUUCUGUUAAAAUGACGACUUCUGUACAUACGACUCUAUGGGACAGUGUAAUAGAGCUCACGAAGGGUGCGCAGGAUAAGGGUACCGAUCCUCUGCUAUGGGCAAUCCAGCUUUCUUCGAGUUUGAAUUCGGCGGGGGUUUCUCUGCCUUCGACGGAGGUGGCUCAUCUACUAGUUUCUCAUAUUUGCUGGGGUAACAACGUUCCUAUCACAUGGAAAUUUCUCGAGAAGACAUUGAUCGUGAAGAUUGCACCUCCAAUACUUGUUCUUGCACUUCUAUCUUGCAGGGUGGUUCCAAGUCGUAGGUCCAGGCCAUCAGCAUAUAGGCUCUACAUGGAACUCCUUAAAAGACAUGCUUUCUCUUUUAAAUCUCAAAUUAACAGAGCAAAUUGGCAAAAGAUCAUGAAGUCUAUAGAUGAUGUUCUUCAUCUUUCCCACAUAUUUGGUCUUCAAGCAUGUGAAUCGGGGGUUCUAGUUGUUGAAUUUUUCUUCGCAAUUGUAUGGCAGUUACUUGAUGCAACAUUAGAUGAUGAAGGAUUGCUGGAACUGACCCCAGAAAAGGAGUCCAAAUGGGCAAUUAGGCCACAAGACAUGGAAGUAGAUGUUCAUGAUAGUUUUGGUGAAAGGAGAACUGAACAUAAAGAUAGACUGCACAAAGCAAAUACUGUGAUGGCUAUUGAGCUAAUUGGGCAAUUUUUGCAAAAUAAAGCAACUUCCAAGAUUCUUUACUUGGCACGAAGAAACAUGCCCUUGCAUUGGGGAAGUUUCACUCAGCGUUUACAAUUGCUUGGAGCAAAUUCAUCAGCACUGAGAAGUUCAAAAAUAUCUUCAGAUGCUCUGCUGCAGUUGUCAUCAGAUACAUGUAAAAUUUUUUCUCGGGGAUGCAGAAUGAGUACACAACAGGAGUUCCAUGCAGUCAUGGCUUCUGGAUCUAUGACCUUUUCUGCAGGGCAGUGUUAUUGGGCUAGUCAAUCUUCAGUUUGGCUCCCUCUUGAUCUGUUUCUAGAAGAUUCUAUGGAUGGUUCCCAAGUUGCAGCAACAAGUGCAAUUGAAACUCUUUCUGGUUUGGUAAAGUCUCUUCGAGCAGUUAACUGUGCAACCUGGCACAACGCAUUUCUAGGUCUUUGGAUAGCAGCUCUUCGCCAUGUCCAAAGGGAAAGAGAUCCUAUUGAGGGUCCUGUAUCUCGCCUCGAUACCCGCUUAUGCUUGUUACUCUCUAUAACAACUCUUGCAAUUGCUGAUAUUAUUGAGGAAGAGGAAACUGCACUAAUUAAUGAAGCUGGACAGAGUCCCAACAAUCAACGGAAAGAGAAACAGGUUGCAGGAAAGCGUCGUAGGGAUCUAGUCUCCAGCUUACAGAUACUGGGUGAUUAUGAAGGGCUACUGACCCCACCACAGUCUGUUAUCUCUGUAGCCAAUCAGGCUGCUAUGAAAGCCAUGAUGUUUGUUUCAGGUGCCACAGUUGGAAGUGGUUACUUUGAGUGCAUUAGCAAAAGUGACAUGCCAAUGAGCUGUUUUGGAAACAUGUGGCAUCUGAUAGUGGAGGCUUGUAUUGCUAGAGAUCUGCUAGACACAUCAGCAUAUUUCUGGCCAGGCUAUGUAAACAGAUGCAUCAAUCAAGUACCUCAUACUGUGCCUGGUCAAGCACCUGGUUGGUCAUCAUUGAUGAAGGGCACUCCAUUAACUCCAUCAAUGAUAAAUGUUUUGGUUUCAUCUCCAGCUUCAUGCCUAGCAGAACUCGAGAAAAUAUUUGGGGUUGCAGUCAAUGGGUCAGAUGAUGAGAAGAUAUCUGCUGCUACCAUUCUCUGUGGGGCAUCUCUAAUUCGAGGUUGGAAUAUACAGGAACACACCAUUCAUUUUGUAAUAAGGUUGCUGUCUCCUCCAGUUCCUGCAGAUUAUUCUGGGAGUGACAGUCAUUUGAUAGGUUAUGCUCCAAUGCUGAACACUCUUCUUGUUGGGAUAGCGUCCUUUGACUGCAUCCAAGUUAUCUCAUUACAUGGUUUGGUUCCACAACUUGCGGGUGCAUUGAUGCCUAUUUGUGAGGUUUUUGGUUCGUGUGUGCCCCACCUCUCAUGGAGUCUCACAACAGGGGAGGAAAUUUCUUCACAUGCAGUUUUCUCAAAUGCAUUUACCCUUUUAUUGAGGUUGUGGAGGUUCAACCAUCCACCACUUGAACAGACAGUAGGAGACAUGCCUCCGGUUGGGUCUCAGCUAACUCCUGAAUACCUCUUGUUGGUUCGGAACUCCCAAUUGGUAUAUUCUGGAAAUACAUCCAAGGAUCGAAAUAAAAGCAGGAGAUUCUCAGCAGCCACAAGCCCAUCAUCUGUACAGCCAAUCUUUGUUGACUCUUUCCCAAAAUUAAAACUCUGGUACCGGCAGAAUCAAGCUUGCAUAGCUUCCACCCUCUCUGGUGUCGUUCAUGAAACACCAGUCCAUCAGAUCGUUGAUGGACUCCUAAACAUGAUGUUCAGAAAGAUGAAUAAAGGAAACCAGUCUUUAACUCCCGGAACCUCUGGCAGUAGUAGUUCUUCUGGUCCUGGAAAUGAUGAAGCACCUGCAAGACCUAAAUUACCUGCAUGGGAUAUCCUGGAAGCCAUUCCCUUUGUGCUUGAUGCUGCUCUUACAACCUGUUCACAUGGAAGAUUGUCUCCACGUGACCUGGCUAUAGGUCUAAGAGAUCUAUCUGAUUUUCUUCCUGCCUCAUUGGCAACUAUUGUCAGCUACUUUUCUGCUGAAGUGACCCGUGGUAUUUGGAAGCCUGCUUUUAUGAAUGGAACUGAUUGGCCAAGCCCUGCUGCAAAUCUGUCCAAUAUUGAAGAGCAGAUCAAAAGGAUUCUAGCUGCCACCGGAGUUGAUGUUCCAAGCCUUGCUGCAGGAGGAAGCUCUGUGGCCACACUUCCGCUGCCCUUAGCUGCCUUUUUGAGCUUCACCAUAACAUUCAAACUUGAUAGAGCAUCAGAACGCUUCCUUAAUCUGGUUGGUCCAGCCUUGGAAUCCCUUGCAGUAAGUUGUCCAUGGCCAUGCAUGCCUAUUGUAGCCUCUCUAUGGGCCCAGAAGGUGAAGAAAUGGAGUGAUUUCCUUGUUUUCUCUGCGUCUCGUACCGUCUUCCACCAUAACAGUGAUGCUGUAGUUCAGCUCUUAAAAACCUGCUUUACAGCAACACUUGGCCUUAACUCCUCGCCCCUCUCUAGCAAUGGUGGGGUUGGAGCUCUUCUUGGUCAUGGCUUUGGAUCCCAUUUCUAUGGAGGGUUCUCCCCUGUUGCCCCUGGUAUUCUUUACUUGCGAGUACACCGAUCUAUCAGAGACAUCAUGUUCAUGACAGAAGAGAUUCUCUCGCUUCUGAUGUUCUAUGUGAGAGAAAUAGCAAGUGAUGGGAAGUUGAGAGAAAGAACGGAGAAGCUGAACAAGAGCAAAUAUGGGAUGAGAUAUGGACAAAUUUCACUUGCUGCAGCAAUGACACGGGUGAAGGUUGCAGCUUUACUUGGGGCUUCAUUAGUUUGGUUAUCUGGUGGCUUGGGUCUGGUUCAAUCCUUGAUCAAAGAAACUCUUCCUUCUUGGUUUCUGUCUGCACAUGGGUCGGAGCAGGAAGGAGAAGGGAGUGAAGGGAUUGUGGCAAUGCUAAGAGGGUAUGCACUUGCUUACUUUGCUGUGAUUUGUGGCGCAUUUGCUUGGGGUGUAGACUCGACAACAUCUUCUUCAAAACGUCGGCCAAAAAUCCUUCAGGCUCACAUGGAAUUCCUGGCAAGUGCACUUGAUGGUAAGUUUUCACUUGGUUGUGAUUGGGCCACUUGGCAGGCAUACGUCUCAGCAUUUGUGAACCUAAUGGUUGAGUGCACACCGGUAUGGGUGUUGGAGGUGGAGGUGGAUGUAUUGAAGAGAUUAAGCAAGGGAUUAAGGCAGUGGAACGAGGAGGAACUUGCUCUUGCUCUGCUUGGAAGUGGAGGGGUUGAGGCAAUGGGAGCGGCUGCUGAACUAGUAGUGGAGAGUGAGAUAUGAAUCUUCUUGUCACAACUGAUAUGACUGAUAGCCACGAUUUUUCCUUGCAGCCUUUCAUUGUACACUAAUACUGCUCAUUAGAGGUGAUGGAAUUGUUUGUCUAAUACUCGACAGGUUGGUUUGGCGUAAUUGUUGAAGGAAACUGUAUAGUAGCAGUAAUUCGGUGCCUUGCUGGGGCAGAGGUCGGUAGAAGUAAAAGCAUUGGCAUCGUGGUCGUGGGCUCCUAGAUCGACUAAUAAUCUGUCAUGCUUGACUCAGCAGCAAGGACCAAGGAGGAUCAAGUUAGUGUGGGGGAAGAUACCAGGCCCCAGGAAAAGACUUGUAAUUCUGUUGUUGCUUUAUGAAGUAAAUUCUGAAUGAAUUCAUGUUAAUACCAAAGCAUAAAACUGGUUUAGUUUAUAAUUUUAUGUUCUCUCUGUAGAAUCAUCAUAUAUGUAAAAUAAAGGAACAAAUCCAAAAAGAAAAAAGAAGAAAAGGAUUUGACACUUCAUGAUUGCAAAACAUAGCUAAACGGUUGAUUGUUUUUGCUUCUACUUGUAACA